CUCCUCAGUAGUCGGUACUUGUGAGAGAAAAACAAAUUUCAUCUCAGCUUUAUUGUUCUUUUUAAGCAUUUUCAGCCUCAUGUAUUUCAGUGGAAGAUUUUUUUAUUUUUUUUCAAUGAUCCCUGUUUAUCUCUUCCUAUACAGUCUAGGAUUUUUCCAGUAAUAUUAACCCCGAUGAUUGAAUAUGGAAUUGUUAUACUUCGAUUCAUUCCUUUAAUUUGUUUGAUCAUCUUAAAAGAAAGAACAAAAAAAUCAGGAAUGGAGCUACACUUUCCCAUUUAAAUCCAGUUUGAGGAAUCAAAAAAGCUUGAUCAACCAUGGCCCUAGUAAUUACAUUAACGAAAAUUAAUUAUUUUCUGACUGAAUCAACCACUUCUAAAUUAAUUUUCAUGUUCCUUCCCUUAAAAUAACCCAGAGAAAAAUGAAAAAAUUAAUUAAUUUCUGAAUAAUCAAUGAAGAACGAUCUACCACAGCUUAAAUUACAAAAUCAAAUCGAGAUUUGGAAACAAUUUGAGAGAAAAAUACUAGUACAUGUUUCGUAGUUUGUUAAUUGCAAUUAUGAACCCUGAUUGCUUGUACUAGUAUUGGUUAUCAGUGAUGGGUUUUAUCAAUUUGAAGGUUAAUUAGUAAAGAAACAAAAUACAUAGAGAAGUGUUUUUUGUUUGAUAAAUGGGUUCUGAUAAAAAUUUGCAGUAAAGUUGGGAAACUAAGGUUUUCCAUGUGAAAUUGCAGAAUCGGCUUUCAUCAAACUCUUGAUUAUAAAAAAAUUAGAAACAGAAUAUUCAGCAAGAUCUCUGGAUCUAACUACAGCUUCUAUGGUCGAUGAUUUUAGAAGUUCAUUUUUUUCCUCUUUUGAUAAUCACGAUCCACAAUCACAGGGGAGAAACUAUCAUUCUUGUUGAUAUAUUGAAGACGAAGAUGAGAGAUCUACUUGUGAGAUGUUGAUUAAAGGUUGGUGUGUGGAUGGGAAACUUGAUCAGGCUAAAAGAUUAGCUGGGGAGAUUCAUAGAGGAGGGUUUCAACUUGGAACGUCGGCUUAUGAUUCCAUUCUGGAUUGUGUCUGUAAGCUGUGUAGGAAAAAGGAUAACUUUAGACUUCAAUCCGAAGCUGAAAAGAUUCUAGUUGAGAUGGAUUAUGCAGGAGUACCUAGGAAUGUCGAGACGUUUAAUAUAUUGAUCAACAAUUUUUGCAAAAUCAGGAGAACCGAAGUAUCGGUUAAGCUGUUUGAAAGAAUGGGGGAAUGGGGAUGUAGUCCAAAUGCCGAAACUUAUCUUUUACUUAUAAAAAGUUUAUAUCAGGCGGCGAGAAUUGGUGAAGGAGAUGAAAUGAUUGACAAAAUGAAAUCUGCUGGAUUUGGGGGUGGUCUUGAUAGAAAGGCUUAUUUUGGGUUUAUAAAGGUUCUGUGUGGGAUUGAAAGGAUUGAUCAUGCAAUGAAAGUUUUUGCUAAGAUGAAGGCUGAUGGGUUCGUACCUGGUAUCAAGUCUUACGAGUUGUUGAUUGAGAAAUUGUGUUCUCAUGGGCAGACUCACAGAGCGAGUCAUCUCUCUAGUGAAGCAAAGUUGAAAGGCAUACUUGUGGAUCCCAAAGUGUAUACAUUGGAUCCGAGAUUCACUAAGAAGCCUAAGGUUGAGAAGACUGCUGUGAAGAAGAGGGAAACAUUGCCUGAGAAAAUGGCCAGGAAGAGGAAAACUCUUAAGAAGAUAAAUCUAUGUUUUGUGAAGAAGCCAAAGAAAAUGAUGCGGAGAGCUUAUUGAUUGCAGUCUGGACUUAGCUAGCAUUCCGGGGAGAUGGCAGUGUCUUGAGAGGUAUUACUCAAUUGAGCAAAGCUUUUCUGGUGGUAAUUUUUGUGUACUGUGCUUCAUGUUGCUCUUGUCAACACUAAAAUUCAAAAUUUAUUUUAGUUGAU